CCCACAAGACAAGACAGCACAAGUGGUGCGUAAAGUCAAAGGAAUACUUCCAAUCGUGGCGAAUGACAAACUCAGCUUCCCGUUUCAGGAACCAAACAGGGAGCGGAUCGGUACGUCCUGAUUCCACAGCAAACCAAAUGGAUGGCCGCUCAGAAUUUCUGCCGGGAGCAUCACACAGACCUGACCAGCCUGAGGAACCAUGCCGAGUACCAGACGGUGGAGGGGGUCUCCAAAGGCCAGGACGUCUACGUCGGCCUCAGCAGAGACCCCUGGGAGUGGUCGGACCAGACCGAGUCCUCGCUGAGGUUCUGGAGGCCGACCCAAACGGUCAACACGGCGUACGCCGAGAAGUGUGUGGCGCUGCUGAGCGGGGAGUCGGGUCAUUGGCGAGACAUGGACUGCACCGUGGAAAGGCCGUUCCUGUGUUCCUACACCAUGAAGGAUCUGCAUUUCAUCAAGGUAAAGGUCAGAGUUCAGGACGCCACGCUGGAUCUGAACGACCCGACCGUGCAGGAGAGCCUCCUGGAGCAGAUGAAGACGGAGCUGAGGAAGACCACGGGCGGCCACUUCCAACUGAGGUGGAGGACGGGGUCCGACGGGAAAGCGUUCACGAAGCAAAGCCGAGACAAUCCUGGAAGUGUCUGAAAAACACGCAAACGUAGAUGUGUGUGAGCGCACAAACACAAUUGUAGUUGUUAGAAGGUGACUAGAUUUGCUUCUCUUUCGUUAUUAUUAUUUAGAUGAUUCCCUUACACAUUUUCUGCUCCUCAAAGAAAACUGGACACACUUUGAGGCCACGCCCACAUCGCAUGUCCUCCACCUGACGGCGGCUUGUUUGAGGCGUAGAAACUCACUGUGUGGUCGUGGAAUCAGGAAUGUGUCUUUUCCCGCAGUGAUCCUUUGUAAAGCUAAACAAAGCUGUCCAGGUUUUGUUUAAUCACCCCCCCCCCCAAGGCACUGACAUGCAAAGGUGAGGGCCGGUUUGCAUGAACAGGAAGAGUUGGAGUCGGCUACUUUCCAUUCGGGCGGCGUGCUGCUUUGAAGAGAUGACCUCCAACACUCCAGUGUGUCGGUGUCACAGCAGCGGGAAAUGAGAUCCAGGGGACAAACGACGGGAAAGAUCCAAAGGUUUAACAGAACAAAAGAAAAACACCAAAAUGUCUGGAAGAAAACACUAGAAACUGAACAACAAACGUCCCCCAAUUAGAACAAAUCCAGAAAAAACCCACAAAACGGGACGACGAUGAGGACGACAGGCGGCUUCUUAGAGACAAACUCUGAUGAAAACGCUGUUUUUGACAUCUUCUUGUACCGUUUUCUGACAAUGGAGGACAUGGAUAAAAGAGAAUUCAGCUCCAAACUGCAGUUCUGAGUAUUUCUUCUUUCAAAUUGUGGUGAAAUUAGGAGCGGACGAAAAAACUAAGGUGUGAAAAAGAUCCUAUUUGUGACGGAGAAAAUAUAUAGAGCAGGUCCAGCCUUCGGCAAUGGGAAGAGGGGCGGGGCUGCUCU